AGGUUGAACCAUUUGAAAUUUUUAAAUUGCGGGUGCAGAUCGAAAUUAUUUUGAGUGGGGUGCAUGCGGAUCAGCCGAAUUUGAAUCGCGGAUACCCACCAACCCGCAAAUUAAAAAAAAAAUAUUUUACAUAAAAUAUAUAAAAAACAAUAAAUAUUUAUAUAAUUUUAAUUAUAAAUAUAUUAUUUUAAUAGUAUUUUUUAAAAAUAACUAUUAUAUAAAUAAAAAAUAAUUAUUUUUAAUUAAAAUAAUUAUUAUAUAAUUAGAAAAUAAUCAUUUUUAAUUAGAAUAAAAGUUUUAUAAAAGUUUUGGCGGGACGGAUACAGAUAUAAAAGUUUUUGUUUGUGGAUUAUGUGGAUCGAGUUUUUGUAUCGAAAAAAUGAUUCAAUCUGCGGCGGGGCGGAUCGGGGCGGGUUGAGCCGCGAAUCCAGCACUAAGCAUUAUCACCAGUCAAAGAAGAGAAGGAUUUCGUCAUGGAUGAUCGAAAUAUGACGUUAUGCCUCGUGGCGAGCUUUGACAAUUCUCAAGUCAACGAAAUUAUUUUGUGCUCGACCACUACACUACUACAACGCAUUUUUUGAUCAAAUCAUAUAAAGUUUGACUUCGUAAAUGAUACGAACGGCCUAUAAAUAGAAUCUCAUCUCUCAUCUCGUUUUCAACUCAUUCUCGAAAAGUUUCCAUAAAAAGAAAGUUUCCCACAAUGUCAUCACUUCUCUAUAUCUCCCUCCUCUUAGCCGUCUUUAUCAGCCACACCACGGAAGCCGCUCUCGAACCAGUAACCGACAUCGACGGUGGACGUCUCACAUCAGGCACCAAAUACUACAUCUUGCCUGUGCUCCGCGGUCGCGGCGGCGGACUAACCAUGUCCAAACCCGAAAACAAAACAUGUCCUAAAAGCGUUAUCCAAGACCCAUACGAAGUCUCCAAAGGCCUACCGGUUGAAUUCUCACCAUCAGACAACUCAAGAAUCAUCCGCGUCUCAACCGAUCUCAACUUCAAAUUCUGCGCGGCUUCUGUCUGGAACUUGGACAAUUACGAUGAGACCACGAAUCAGUGGUUCGUUACAGCUUGUGGCGUUGCAGGGAAUCCUGGUCAGGCAACGGUUGAUAACUGGUUCAAGAUCGAGAAGUACGAAGAUGAUUACAAGAUCGUGUUUUGUCCAACUGUCUGCAACUUCUGUAAAGUCAUGUGUAGAGACGUUGGUGUGUUUGUGCAAGAUGGGAAGAGAAGACUUGUUCUAAGUGAUGUUCCACUAAAAGUUAUGUUCAAAAAAGCAUAGUUACAACAAUGUAACCUUCUAUAAUAAUAAUUGAUUUUUUUCUUA